AUGGCGCAAGUCUCAUCUUUGGUUGCUGCCAUGUUCCGUGGAAAUGAUGAGCUAGUGACCAGAGUUCAAACUGCCAUUGAGACACGACAUGAUGUUAUUGCUGCCAUUGAAGUCGUUGUUGGUCAGGGAGGUUUAAGCUUAGACAACAUCAAAUCACUUCAAUGGAUGCGGGAGAUAUUCCAAGCAACCCAAGAGGAUGAGAAGCUUGCCUGUUACCUAUUACAGAACUUCCCAGGCCCGAAUAGCCUCAGCAGGGUUGCACUCGAGUACUACCGCAAAGGAGACUUGCCUUGCAACGACAAAGAAAAUGCCGCGCGUCUCAGAUCGUAUCUGAUGCUUAAAGAACCACUGGCUGUUCUCCUGGCUUCCGUUAGGGCGAAGGAUUUCCAGUUUAAACCAGAAUUGAACAGCACUAUCGAGUUUGCGUUGAAAUGGGCUGUUGAGAACGACGUAUCAAUCACCUCUGAUAGGUUUCGAAAACAGGUCAACUCCAGAGGCUUCUUCGACUCAAUCAAGGACAGCCGGAAGGUCGAAGUCGAAGAGGUCAUCGGCAGACUCAUGACGCUACAGAGAUUGCAGUAUCUGGUCACAGAACCACAGCAUAUAAAACAUCUCCUGGACCUCAAAUUUGAGAGUGCACAGGAUAUCGCUUCUACAAACAGAAAAGAGUUUGUUCAGAGCAUGAGGAAGCGUCUGCAGGAGGAGACUGCACUCAAGAUCCACGACCAUGCGGUUGUAGUUGCUUGUCGGAGUCAGGAAACCUGGGUGAAUCUGCUCACCAUGAUUAACGAAGACUUCAUGCCAACCAGAAAAGCGGUCGCAGAUGUUGGGGCAGAAGAGAUCAGUCGACCAUCGGUACCCGACGAAGAUCCUUCCAUGGCGGUCCCUGACGCAAGCACUAAGAAGGACUUCAACAUGACAAGCAUCUUUGAUCUACAAGAUACUCCAUGCGAAGAGUGUUGCUCUGUUGUCAGCGCCUCGGCAUAUUUUGUUGACCUGCUCAAGUUCCUUGAACACAGCCGCUGCUCUACAACGGUUAAUGAAGCCGACAAUGUCCUAAAAGCAUUGGCUCUUCGACGUCCAGAUUUGCAAGAACUGCAACUCUCGUGCGCGAAUAGCAAGAACAUGGUGCCCUAUAUCACAAUCGUCAAUGAGAUUAUGGCUUCAUACAUCGCAAGUGAGGGAGGGUCCAUCAGCGUCAUUGAUGAACAGGAUACCUCAACAUCCGAAGUUCAUGUCAGUGCAGAAGAAGAUCUUGUAGCCACUGCAUGCGAGAACAAAAUCGCGGAAGCUAUGUUUCCUCUGAACCGAUUCCCGUAUAGCUUGGGCCAAGACUCGGCCAGAGUCUAUCUUUCUUCGAUGGGUAUCGAGCCGUCGGACGUGCGUGAAAACUUCAAGUCAACUACCUUCAUGCUGAAACAGCUUAUGAACUUCGUUCCAAGUGACUCAAAGUCGAGGAAAGAGCUGGAAAGGGAGGCAGAGGCUGUAUGGCACCGAUUCGACGUUGCCGAGACCUUGCAUAUGCUCCCUCGCGACCUUGCUGCUAUUUCUAAAGAAACCAUCUUUACAGACACCUUUUUAGAUCUUCUUGUCGGCCUGUACCCAGAGGAGCUGGUUCAAGAGACAAUGCUGCGAGAUAGGUCGAUCCCCAUGGUCAACGAAUGCUGGGGCUAUGAAACUAUUGACAAGAUGCUUGACACCUCCGAGCAGAAUCUGGCAGGACUUUGUUUCAUACGAGAUCAGCUUCUUCCACGCUCGGGGCUAUCGCUUGAGGAACUUCUGGAGCUUUCGAACACCACUUUCUUUGGUAGAAGACUUGUAAUCGUCAACAACCGAGGCUCAAAGGUGUUCGACGGGCAGCUGUCGGAAAUGCGACUUCGACUGCUUGACAACACCGCGAGUGCCAGUGAAAGGGAUGCUUCUGAAGAACCUCCCAUUGGUAAUCUGACACAAGAGAUUUGCCACGAACUUCAAAGCUUUAUUCGACUCAGAAAUAAGCUAGGAUGGACCAUUGCAGAGCUUGACGUCGUCAUUUCAACCAUCACUCAGAAUCACAUUGCCAACAGUGCUACUGCAUCAGUUGAAGGAUUCAGAGGCAUUACGUUAGCAGUCCUUGAAGACGUCGCUCACAUCGUAAAGUUGAGUAAACUGACAGAGGCACCAGUGGUCUCUCUUCUCCCAAUUUGGGCUCCAAUCAGCACUCAUGGCGAUAAGUCCUUAUAUAGAAAGGCGUUCCUUGAACCAAUGAGCUAUCUGAGUAAUGAUCCAGUCUUCAGGCCGGACUCUUACGGCGCAUAUCUGAGGGAUAAAGGCGCCAUUGAAGUUUACAUGGCACCUCUCACAAUGACUUUGAAGACGACUUCAGAGGAUCUGAAGAUUCUUUUGGCUGUUGCUGGGUUGAGCCCUUCGUCACCGCUCAACUUGGAUACGCUGUCCAAGAUGUAUCGUCAUGCGCUGAUGUGUCGACUUCUUGGAGUACGUCCAAGAGACUAUGAUAUGGUUCUUUCAGUCUUCCCAGACAGGAACAUCUUCAUCGAUCCAAAGACAACUCUCGGGAGUAUUUCACUCUGGAAGCAGUUGACUGAUAGUGGCUGGUCAAUUAGCGACAUCAUGCUGCUUGUUGGCAAGAGUGAAAGUACCAACAUUCCAUUAUCUGACCAUGCCCUUCAGUUUACGUCGUCUAUUAUGGAGAAGGUCAAUGCCAACAGCAGUGUCUGGGAGCCUCGCAUACAAAACAAUACGGUUAUAUCGCGAGAUGUUAUGGAUCUGUGCGGCCAGAUAUUCGACGCUGCAACUUCCAAGAGCCUGACGCAGAUAGUUGAAGGUGAUUUCGUUCUCAACAAGAGCAUUAACAUGGAGUCCCUGGAGUCGCUGCCUUCCUUCGACGGCCUUCCUUCAAAAUUGACUAUCGACAUCAACAGAAGGAACAAAAAGACCCAGACAGCUGUUGUAACCCUCACGGGGGUCAUGACAGAGGAAGAGAAAGAGAAGAGUAUAAGUCAGGUCGAAGAAUUUCCAACCCUGGCCGACGCGAUCAAUGAACUUGACAAGUUGACAAAGAUUCCUUAUAAUGCCUUGCUAUCCAGAUUCUCGGGUACAGACACCACUGAGAAGCAGGAUGUUAUCGACUUGAUAUGCUCUGACGUGGCUUUGACAACCACAGAUCUUGGAGGCCAAUCCGACGACUCGCUCUGUACCAGCUCGGAGGAAGACUCGAGCGAGGAAGAGGAUAGUGAUGCAGAAUCCUGUGAGUCAGAUGAGAGUCUGGUCGACGAGUCCGAAGCUAUGGAAUCGCCUGAAGUUGAGAGAGAAAAGACUUUACGUACUAGGCGAUUGGAAUUCGUCAAGUUGAUGUUACCAAUAUUGCGAUCACAGACCUUGGUCGACCUCGCGACCAGGAGUAUUGGUGAGAAGCUGGAAGGUGUUGAACACACUCUUAUCCCCAUGCUUCUGAACAAGGAGAUGGCGUGGGAAAACAACAAGUCAGCUAUCAAUAUCCUAGACGAGAUUCGGGGUUACUCUGCAGAGAAGCCUGCAAGGACGCAAGGCUACUUUCUACCAACGGCCACAGGAGAGUACACGUUCACUUUGCGGUCAUCACAGCCUCAGGACAUACCGGAUCCAUGUCUUAGCAUCAAUGGUGCCAAGGUCAUUAUGAAAAAAAUCGGCAAAGAGUGGUGUUCCGAUCCCAUCCUUAUGACAACCGGGCAGACCUACUUGCUUGUAUCGUCUGUUCAACCCAUGCAUAUUACAUGGGCCACUAAGCAGACGGUGCCAGCAAGCUUCACCGAUACAACGUUCAUUGUGGAAGAUGAUGUCCAGAAGGCUGAUUCAGUAUUGAAAGAGGUUGGCCGAUUGGCCUCGUUGUUCCGAAAGCUGGAGCUGAGCUUGGAGGAAGUAAAGUACCUGGCCACUCCCAACGGGCUGAUAUCUGUUGAUUUAAACUCCCUGAGUAUCAGCGACAUUGCGAAGCUACAGAGUUAUCGCCAGCUGAGAGACAACGUUGCCAAGGAUAAGGAUUCUUUAGUCACGUUGUUUUCAUGGCUGGGAAACCCUGACAGCUCUUCAACGUUGACUUCCAAACUCAUAGCUGCGACAACAUGGCCCGAAGCACAGCUGUCAACCUUGAUCAAUGCCAAAUAUGACUAUGAUGGGGCGACGACAGAAGAUAUAAUCAGCUCUGUAUCCAGUCUCAGUGACCUCGUGUCCAUUCAAACUAUCAUGGAGAUCUCUGGCAAUCUGAGGCCUAAUUCAAGUCAGGAAGGCGAGCAUCCGAUCACUAAUCUUUUCAAAUUCGCCGCUCCCACACUUCUUAGUUCGUCCAAGGAUUUGGAGGUUGCGAACGAGCUGAGACUCAUGCUAGGUAAACGACAACUCAAGACAUGUACCUCACAGCUACAAGAGACCCAGCGGACAGUUUUCAUCGAGUAUUUGCUGCAACAGCCAUAUAUCAAGAAAGCCAAGAUCUCGGACGCGGGCGGCUUGUUUGAUCUGCUGUUGAUUGACGUUCAGAUGGGCUCGCAGUUUGAGAUCACGCGAAUGAAACAAGCCAUCUCGACCGUUCAGUUAUACGUACAACGGUGUCUCCUCGGCAUGGAAACUGAAGCUGGUGUGCAACCAAGCAACAUAGACCAGAUCAAGUGGGCGUGGAUGCAUAAGCACAAUAUUUGGGCGGCUACACGCAAGGCAUUCCUAUACCCGGAGAAUUGGAUCGAUCCAACCUUGCGUGACGAUAAGACUGCUUUGUUUGGUGACUACGAAACAACCAUCAUGCAAAAGGACCUCAGCUGGGAUACAUUCUCACAAGCUAUCCGGACGUACGUGAAGGGUCUGUCAGAGAUCGCUGAUCUAGACAUCCAAGCAUAUCUACGGCAUCAUCCCACGGAUGGCCUGGAGACGUACCAUUUCUUUGGUAAGACGCGCAGCGCACCAUAUCGUUUCUACUACCGUAACAUGAGGCUUACACAGCCCAGUGACGUUGCGAUAUGGACACCGUGGACUUUGAUGGACAUUGGAUCUGUGACGUACGAGGCAGAUUGGGAUGGUUCGAGUGUCACCAAUGCCGGGGCCUACCUGAUUCCCGUUAUGCGUGGAAACCGUCUCAGCGUCUAUGUCCCAGAGAUAAUGGUCAAAACUACUACUCCUGAGACCCCAGCGGGGAAAACGACGACCACCAUGACGUUUUCAGAGGCCGCGGGCCAGUCAUUGAACACGACAAAGUCGCCGAGUAACUGGGAGAUACGGAUGGCAUGGACUGAACUACUUAACGGGGAAUGGACACCCAAGCGAGUUUCGCAACCGGUACUGAAUGUGAAGUGGGAUAAUGAUUUCAACAAAGAAAAGCUGCCUUGCAUUUCACGCUUCACCUUUUGGGCCAAUACGACCGAACCGGUUGGGGAAACAGUCACUAUUAAUGUGGGAUGCUGGAGAAAGGAAAAGAAAACCGGGACCAAGGCAACAAAAACCGACGUAGCCAACCACUCAUUUCUUGGAUCUUUUCAGAUAAGUGAUGACCGCGCAUCUGUGAAAGAAAAUGAGAAACAGUCCGAGUCCACGGCAAACACCCUUGAGACGGUGUUUCACAAGUAUACAUGGAAGCAAGACUGGGAAACGAGAAAGACGUUUGACGACGGCCAGGUCGAGACUCCUAAACAACAAGUUGCUUCGUUUGGGGGAGACCAGGUAUCUUCUCCCUUGCUAGCUAUUCCUGUUCCAACCUCUUCCAGAACGCUUGUUUGGACCAUGUCGUAUGAUGGAAACGACAAGCUCGGCAAGACUACAGGCUACGUCGUGGACGUGCAAGUAUCGGCACCGGAUGGCAAGACAACCUUCAUGUAUCCAAAGCUUGCCUACGCAAAAAGCAACAAAGUCAAUCUUGCAUCGUCGAAUCUUGUUCGGAAUUCGAUGACUGAAGUUAUUGAGCAUUCUUCAUCACCAAGUUUCAUGCAGGAUAUCACGAAGACAGACAGCCUGGUACCACUCUUUGAGACGAUGAACACGAUGAACGAGAGAGAGUACGGAAAGGCUGUCGUUGAAGCAAAUAUGUCUCAGUACCACGAACAGGCAACUUCAUAUGCUCUCUACAACUGGGAACUUGGUGCGCAUUGUAUUCUUCUCGCUAUGGACAGGUUCUUAGCAACGCAGCAAUACGACCUCGCUCUUCGCGUUGCAAGGUUUGUAUUCGACCCGACAGUAGAUGUCCAAGGGCAAACUCGAAAGCAAGCAAAGACGGCAUGCUGGAGGUUCCGUCCAUUCAGAGAUAUUGCAGCUGAUCCGACUGAGAACCAAGACAAGUUCACUGGCUGGCUAGACGAAUCUACCCUCGACGUGGCAGUGACAGAAAGGAGACGAAACCCUUCCAACACGCAUGCAACAGCGCGAACACGACCGCGAGCAUACAUGAAAUGGAUCGUCAUGAAGUACAUCGAAAUCCUCAUAGCUGCUGGCGAUGAGUACUUCCGCCAGGGUAGCAUUGAAUCUCUCCCUAUGGCGAUCCAGCGGUACAUUGAGGCAGCGCAUGUCCUCGGCCCGGAGCCACCCAAGAUGCCCAAGCUUGGUAAAACUGCAGUCAAGACCUAUGACACCCUGAACAAGAAUGGCAGAAUGAGGGUCGAUCUCGAGCUCACGUUUCCUUUUCUCUGUGAUGUUGAAAGACGAGGGACAAAUGGCUCGGGCGAUGACGAGCAGGACAGAUAUGGCGUCUUAGGAAUCUUAACAACGACAUACUUUUGCCUGCCAGCAAAUCCUAAGUACCAGACAAUGCGGUCAUUAGUCAACGACCGGCUCUACAAGGCUAGGAACAACUUGGAUAUCAAUGGACGACCACUUGUGUAUGCCAUGAACGAGCCGAGUAUUGACCCAGGACAAAUAGGCCGGGCCUUGCAAGGUGGUGGAGGGGGAGUGACUUCUCUGUUGAAUGAGAUUGAUGGUCCCAUGCCAAAUCAGCGAUUCCAAUACCUAAUCUCCAAAGCACUGGAGAUAUGCACGAGCCUUCAAGGCAUGGGAGAGCAGUUCUUACAAAUCAAGGAAAAGAAGGACUCGGAAGCUCUCCAGAUCCUCAAAGCGAAGCAAGACACGGCUCGACAGCGGCUUGCCAUAAGUCUCAAACGCCUGCAGAGGGAGGAGAUCGAAAGGAACAUCGAGCUUUUAGAAAUGAACAGAUCUUCUGCCGCAUCUCAACUGAGCUACUACCUUCAACUUAUGGGCGAGCCAUUGAACCGCAUACCAAGCGAAACGGAGAAGUGGGUGGACAUCGAGCAUGCGAUCGAUGCACCGUUCACGGACGACCUUCGUAUGAAUCGACUGGAGCUCCAGGAAAUGAAGGGAACGGAUCUGGCCAAUAAGCUGAACAUCGCUGCUUCAUACAUAGACAUCUGGGCGUUUAUGCUCAAGGCUCUACCCCAGGUGACGUCGAAUGUUGAGCCAAUGGGUGUUGGUGCGUCGCUCAAGAUGGAUGGCUCGAUCCUGUCAUCAGCUGUUCAAGCUUCGGCCAUGACCCUCAGGACAGGCUCCAUGGCAGCCAGCAUGGUAGCAUCCGAUGCCCAACGCACAAAUGCGCUCACGAAGCAGCUACAAGAGAGGCGACUCCAAGCAAACAUGAAGGGCCAGGAGAUUAAGUCGCUUGACAAACAAGCAGAGAUCCAAAGAAAGCGAUUAGAGCUCAAUGAGAAGGAAACAUGCAUCCAGCAAGCAGAGAUUGACAAUGCAGUUGAGACGGAGCAGUGGUAUCAGUCCAAGUACACAAACGAGAAGCUCUACGCUUGGAUGGAGAACACGGUCCGUAAUGUCCAUUACGAUCUGUAUCAGCUCGCAUCAGACCUUGCACGUCGCGCUCAGAACUCGUUCCGCUUUGAGAAGGGAUCUUCAGUGCAGGGUUUCUUGCGACCUGGUGGUUAUUGGGAUAGCAGUCAUGAUGGUCUCCUCGCAGCGCAGCAGCUGCAAGCUGACCUUCGACGCAUGGAGGCCGCGUAUCUGGAGCGAUCUUCGUAUGACUAUGAGAUAGUCAAGAAUAUCUCACUCAGGCAACUCAAACCUGAAGCUCUACUGAAUCUUCGAGCCGAUGGUACUGCCACCUUUGACAUUCCUGAGGUGUUGUAUGACUUUGACUUCCCAGGUCAUUACAUGCGUCGGAUCAAGUCAGUCUCAUUGUCUGUUCCGUGUGUUGUCGGUCCCCAUACUGGUCUGAAUGCAACACUGCGUCUUCUUCAGCACCGUUACCGUGUUAGCUCUGUGGCAGCCUCGGGGGAAGACUACGCUGAAGAUGAUAUGGCCUCGGGACAUUUCCGCACAGACAUCGUGCCUAUAACUUCAGUUGCCAUCAGCUCUGGUAUCCAGGACUCUGGUGUAUUCGAGCUCAACUUCAAGGACGACCGCUUCCAGCCAUUCGAAGGUGCUGGUGCAAUUGGUUCAUGGUCCCUUGAGCUCCCCACGAUUGUCCGUUCUUUUGACUACUCCACUAUCUCGGACGUUAUUCUGCAUGUUCGGUAUACAGCAGUCGACGGAGGGCCUUUGCUCCGCAAUGCUGCCAAUCAAGCUGUCAAGACUUUCCGAUCUCGUGUUGAAGGCUUGAGCUCAGAAGGGCCUGGUCUCUUCGCCAUGUUUGAUCUCAAAAACGACUUUAGUAACGCAUGGUACGCGUUCCGGUCAGGCCUGUUGGGCAAAACUAUUGCCGAGUUGGACCUAUCUGGUAUCAAAGACAGGUUUCCAUACUGGGCGCUAGGAAAAACCAUCAUUGUUACCAGUUUAAGUCUUGUUGUUUCUGGCGAGGUGAAUAAGAAAAAGCUGGACCAGAAAUCGUUUUCGAUCACUGCUUUGGGGACGGAAAAACCGUGGGAUUCAGUUCCUUUGGGAAGUGCGACGAUGCUGACCUUGUCACCAUUGAACACUGACUUAAAAAAAUCGAACCUUGAGUGGAAAUUGAAGGUAUCGAAUGAAGGGGGCGACUUCACGGCGUUGGAGAACGUGGUAGUCGUGUUGCGGUAUGCCUUAGCUUGA